GGUAGCACUACCAGCUAGCUCCGCGAACAGUCGAUAGCACUAAAUAGCGCUAAUAGCGUCUCCUCGAACGCACUCUAAGUGAGUGAAAAAUUAGAAAGAAAAAAAAUGAAAUAGGAAAAGAAAAGAAUGUGUUGCAUUUGAAAAGAGACAGAUUCUUGUAGGAGAGAAAGAGAAAAAGAGGACAAUAGUCUCUCUCAUAUCGAGUGACGACGAUAUGGCGAAAGAUAAGAUUUGAGCAUACACCAUCGUAAAAGUCGAAAGACAAUUGCACAUACAUGAUAAACGUCGCAUAUGCCUGAUGUAAAUAUUAUUAUGAAUAUGAGGAUGGACCGUCGUGACUGAGGGAAACGCUGGGAACGGAACGCGGAGCGGCACGGCGCGGCGCGGCAGCACGAGUAAAUAGCAGCGGAUCAGCUGAUGAGGCACAACACAACACAAGUCAGUCAGUGGAAGAAGAGGAAAGCUCAUUGUUUUCCCGCUGCUGCUACUGCUGCUGUUAUUGGUUAUGGCGACGAGUAGCUCCGACGGCUCCUGCACGGCGCCCGCUGAUUUUCAGCUUUCCUCCGAGUUGGAGGACGCGUCGAGUCGCCUGAGCAUGAAUCUACUCAAGUGCCCGUUGUGCCAUAACAGCCGUCGGAUUUUUUAUUGCCGUCAGUGCGUCCAAAACGGCGAUUUUAUACACUCAAACACCGUCUACUCAGAACGGUUUGCGGAUAAACAGAUGCGGCUUGUACGAUUGAAAGCUGCAAGAGCACAGUUAGAGGAGAAAUGCAUGAAGGCUCUCGAAAGACAUAAGCAAAAAGAUAAGCUGAUUUGUGAUAUAAAUAUAUGUAAGGAAAGAGUGAGACUACUUCAGUCUCUAGUAAAUGAGACAAGGCAGAGCAUCAAUAGAGGUAAUCAACGUUUGAAUGUUCUAAAAGAUGUUAAUUCUCAAUUGACUUUGAGAAUGCCAAAGCAUGAGGAAAGAAUAGAUAAAAUACAUCGCUAUGUUAUUAGCUUGAAGGGUAAGCAAGAGAAACAGAAGGAGGCUGUAGAUAGAAAACGGGAACAACUAAAAAAAGUUAUCAGAACUGCUGCUAAGCAGUUAAUUCAAUACAUUUUUCCAUUAUCUAAAGUCCAGCCAAAUAGAAGCUUAUGUAGUAGUGAGGACAGCGAUAGUGCUACUUCUGAUAUCGUCACUAGCGCAUUAGCGGAUGCAUCGGGUACAUCAUACGUGCGAGGUAGAUGGAUUAGUGAAAAAGAAAACUCUUUGGAAAUUCAUCAUCGUAUAGUUGAACCAACGUUGCCAGCGACAGGAGACUACAGUGCUUACUCUCUCUGGGUUGCAGCGAAUAAGGAUGGCGUGCCAGGCGCAAACAAAGAAAAUGCGAUGCACAAUCCAGCAUAUAAUAUCAGUGCUGCUUUAACUUAUGCUACGCAACUAGUUAAUGUUCUUGCCUAUUAUGUUAAUAUAAAAUUACCGUACAAACUUACUUGUGGGGAGUUUUGUGGAAAUGAAAUGUCGGACCAAAAAUUUGCUAGGAAAGUAGCAAGGCUAAAUAGUAAUGUGUUACAUUUAUGUUUUACACAAAAUACCGACAUAGAUGUUUUACAUCCCAUGCAUACAUUACAAAACCUAAUGCACUUGCUCAAUACUGAAAUCAGUGACCUCGGAAGAAUUGGACCAAUGGAGGUUGAUCCAUCUGUAAUAGCACAACUUCAUAGUCAAUUAGUCCCUGAUUUAGAAAAUAGCGACGAUUCAGCUUCCGACGAAGAAGAUCUAUGUUGGGGAUGGGAGGCUGUACCAAAUAUCACAUGUCCCGAAAUGGCAGUACCUACUUCUGGAACGAUGGUCAGUCAGCAAUCUUCUAGUAUGCAAGUGCAUCAGAGUGUCGCUGGUGGCUUGGUAACAAGUGCAGCGGCCAGUAUCGCUUCAAUUUGGCGAGGUUGGACUAAUAAAUAACUUUCCUUUUAAUAAGUAAGUUUUUUUCUACAUAAACAUACACAUGCACACACAUUUCGAAUUCUUCAAAUCAAAGGACAGGAAAGAUGCUUCGGAACAAACAUGAUAUUAAAAAAAAAGUAUAUAAUUUAUAUAAUAAUAUUUAUAUAUCGCGGGAAUAUAAAAUAUGAUUUUAAAUCAACACAUGUAAAUAUAAUAACUUUCUUAACUUACACUUACGACACAUUCAAAGUAGUUCAAAUACGCUGUGACAAAUUUCGUUAGAUCUGAUAUCUAACUUAGUUCAAAUAGUUCAAAUCUAAAUAGAAGGAUUAGUAAACGGCUGUUUAAUAAAUUUAUCGACAUUUUAUAUUUCA